AUGACAGACUCUGUGAUGGAAGUUGACAACCCUGGGGCUGCCAUUACGGAGCUCCAGAAUGGCGAAAUCGAUGAAUCUCUCUACAGCCGACAACUCUACGUUCUGGGUCAUGAGGCUAUGAAGCGGAUGGGCGCUUCCAAUGUGCUCAUCGUCGGCUUGAAGGGUUUGGGCGUAGAGAUUGCAAAGAACAUUGCCCUGGCUGGCGUCAAGUCUUUGACCUUGUUCGAUCCCAAUCCUGUUGCCAUCUCCGACCUUUCCUCACAAUUCUUCCUACGUCCUGAAGAUGUGGGCAAGCCCCGAGCAGAAGUGACUGCCCCGCGUGUGGCCGAGCUCAAUUCCUACACGCCCGUCGCUGUCCACCAGGCAAAAACAUUAACAGAUGACCUGAGCCAACUCAAAAAAUAUCAAGUCGUUGUGCUCACAACUACAUCUUUGAAAGAUCAACUUACGAUCUCCGACUAUUGCCACCAGAACGGCAUUUACCUGGUGAUCGCUGACACAUUUGGCCUUUUCGGCUACAUCUUCACCGAUUUUGGCAAGGACUUCACUGUGGGCGACGUCACCGGAGAGAACCCAAUCAGCGGCAUUGUCGCAGAUAUUGAUGAGUCUGGUCUGGUGUCAGCCCUGGAUGAGACAAGACAUGGACUGGAAGACGGCGAUUAUGUUGAGUUCGCAGAACUUAGGGGACUGGAAGCUCUCAAUGGAGCCCCUCCUAGGAAGAUCACUGUCAAAGGCCCGUACUCUUUCUCUAUUGGCGAUGUCUCGGGUUUGGGCAAAUAUGAGGGUGGCGGCCUUUUUGCGCAGGUCAAGAUGCCGAAGGUCCUUCAGUUCCAGUCAUUGUCAGAACAGAUCAAAAAGCCAGAAUUCCUCGUAUCCGAUUUUGCAAAGUUUGACCGACCAGCACAACUCCACGUUGGCAUUCAAGCUCUCCAUGCUUUCAAAGAAGAAAAGGGUAGCCUACCUCGUCCGCAUAGUGAAGAAGAUGCCAAGGAAGUUCUGGCGAUCACGAAGAAGUUGGUAAAGGAGAGUGCUGAGGAGGUCGAGAUUGACGACAAAUUGAUCACUGAGUUGAGCUAUCAGGCGCAGGGUGAUCUCAGUCCCAUGGCUGCAUUCUUUGGUGGUCUCGCCGCGCAGGAAGUGCUGAAGGCUGUUUCUGGAAAGUUCACACCGGUUGUACAGUGGAUGUACUUCGAUUCUCUCGAGUCUCUUCCCACUUCUGUGAAACGAAGCGAGGAACUUUGCAGGCCCACAGGUUCACGAUACGAUGGUCAGAUUGCGGUCUUCGGCAAGGAAUUUCAAGAGAAAAUCUCCAAUGUGAAGAACUUCCUGGUUGGUGCUGGCGCCAUCGGAUGUGAGAUGCUCAAGAACUACGCCAUGAUCGGUCUAGGUACUGGUCCCAGCGGUCACAUCACAGUCACAGAUAACGAUUCCAUCGAAAAGAGCAACCUCAACCGCCAAUUCCUGUUCCGACCGAAGGAUGUUGGGAAGCAGAAGAGCGUGGCUGCAGCUGCCGCUGUUCAGGCUAUGAACCCCGACCUCAAGGGAAAGAUCACGACCAUGACAGAUCGCAUCGGCCCUGACAGCGAAGACAUCUUCAAUGAGGCGUUCUGGAAGCAACUUGAUGUUGUCACAAAUGCUCUGGACAACGUCGAGGCCCGCACAUAUGUCGAUCGGCGAUGCGUCUUCUUCAUGAAACCACUGCUGGAAAGUGGCACUCUCGGAACUAAGGGUAACACGCAGGUCAUUCUCCCGCGCCUGACCGAGUCGUACUCUAGUUCGCAAGAUCCACCUGAACAAUCCUUCCCCAUGUGCACUCUCCGAAGCUUUCCCAACAAGAUUGAACACACCAUCGCGUGGGCUCGAGACCUGUUCCAGUCCUAUUUUGUGGGACCGCCAGAAACCGUCAACCUUUACAUGACACAACCGGACUACAUCAACACCACGCUGAGGCAGCAAGGCAACGAGAAGAUGAUCCUCGAUAGUCUCAAAGAAUUCUUGGUCACUGACAAGCCAACUGAUUUUAACGACUGCAUUGCGUGGGCUCGGAUGCAAUUUGAGAAGCAAUACCACAACGCCAUUGCGCAGUUGCUCUACAACUUCCCCAAGGACUCGAAGACAUCAAGUGGGGCUGACUUUUGGUCUGGACCAAAACGCGCUCCAACGCCUCUCAAUUUUGAUCCUUCGGACGAGACACAUAUGGGAUUCGUUGUCCACGGGGCAGCCCUCCACGCUUACAACUAUGGCAUUCCUGUUCCUCAGCUCAAAUAUGAAGAUUACGUUAAAGUUUUAGACAGCAUGAUCGUUCCCGAAUUCAAGCCAGACGCGAAUGUGAAGAUCCAGGCUGACGACAAGGAGCCGGACCCCAACGGGCCAGCACCGACAUUUGCGGAUGACGCGGAAGAGUUGGACAAGAUUGUGGCCGAGCUGCCCACUCCCAAGAGCAUGCCUGGUUUCCGACUCAAUGUUGUGGAGUUUGAGAAAGACGACGACACAAAUCACCACAUCGACUUCAUCACUGCCGCGAGCAAUCUCCGCGCCAUGAACUACAACAUCCCAAUUGCUGACCGUCAUAAGACAAAGUUCAUCGCCGGCAAGAUCAUUCCUGCUAUCGCCACUACCACUGCACUUGUCACGGGACUGGUGGUCCUUGAGCUGUUCAAGGUCGUGGACGGCAAGACGGAUCUGGAACAGUACAAGAACGGCUUCGUCAACCUUGCAUUACCGUUCUUCGGAUUCAGCGAACCGAUCGCCAGUCCCAAGGGCACGUAUCAAGGCAAAGAGGGCGAAGUGACCAUCGACAAGCUGUGGGAUCGCUUCGAGGUGGAUGAUAUUACCCUGACCGAGUUCUUGAAAUAUUUUGACAACCUUGGAUUGAGCGUGACGAUGGUGAGCUCUGGGGUCAGCUUGCUGUACGCCAGUUUCUACCCGCCCAGCAAGACCAAGGAUCGCCUGCCGCUCAAGAUGAGCAAAUUGCUUGAGACUAUCAGCCGUAAGCCGAUCCCAGAUCACCAGAAGAACAUCAUCUUCGAGAUCACUGCCGAGGACACUACCGAAGAGGAUGUUGAGAUUCCUUAUGUGAUGGUGAAGUACAAGGUAGAUUGA